UUUCCUUCGUUCCCUACCCUGCUUUCAUCAUCUCUAUUGUGUUUUUAUUAAUUAUUUUUGGGUUUGUGCUAAAAUAAACAUUUUCAAAACAUUUAUUCAAUAAUAGCCCAUUCCUCUCAUAGUGCCUUUUGUUAUUCCCAUUAGCGCAUCUUUGUUGUCUCCAUAGUGCCUCUUUACUACAAGGGUAAAAAGUUCUGAAUUAUUUUUUUGCAUACAUGUACCGUGUUAAAUUGUGAUCGACAGAAAAAUAAGGCAAGUAUUUUCGUUCUCUAUUUCAUCUUCUCCUAUAACUUUUCGAAUUGAUUAUUUUCAGUCAAUUUUGCAUCUUGUUUUUGGUUGGGUUGGUUCUUUUCCUGCAAAUUCUCUGGCUUUGUGAUUGUUUUAGUGGUCUGCUGAGUUUAUUGUCCACAGUUGACAUUUCCUUUUCGAUCUCUAGUUUGUUUUCUUUAUUCUCUUUUGCUUAAUACAUUUUCAAUUACCAAAAGAAAAAUUAAAGCUAGCACUAUACCAUCUUCUUUCUAUGUUUCUACUGAGUGUGUUCAAAGCCAGAUUUUGAGGAACCGUCUUUUCCAAUGGCCUUGAGCACCCAAAGAGCCUCUGCAUCUCUUCCGGCUGAAUCGGCUCCUCCUCGAUGGAAACAUGAUGUUUUUCAAAGUUUCAGGGGUGCAGACACUCGCAGGGGUUUUAUGUCUCAUUUAGACCACGAACUGCGGUACCGGCAAACAAUAAAAACUUUCAAGGACGACCGAGACCUUGAAAUAGGAACAACUAUUUCUCCGGAUCUGUUGACCGCAAUCGAAGAAUCACAUCUUGCCAUCAUUGUUCUCUCCCCAAAUUACGCUUCUUCCACUUGGUGCUUGGAUGAACUCUCAAAGAUUCUUGAAUGCAUGGAAGACACCAAGAGAAUUCUGCCAAUCUUUUAUGACGUGGAUCCUUCCGAUGUACGAAACCAAAAGGGGAGAUUUGCGGAAGCCUUCACUAAGCAUGAAGAAAGGUUUAGUGAAGAAGCAGAGAAGGUGAAGCGGUGGAGAGCUGCUUUAAGAGAAGUUGCCAAUCUCUCUGGCUUAGAUUCAAAGAAUUAUAAAUCGGAAGCAGAGCUUAUCAAAAAUAUUGUCAAAUGUGUGUGGACGAAAGUGCAUCCAACAUUCAUGUUGUCAGGUUCUCCGGAAAAUUUAGUCGGAAUUGAUUUUGCACUUGAGCAACUACGUUUGCAAUUAGCUCCCGAAGAAAAUGACGUUCGCUUUAUAGGGAUAUGGGGGAUGGGCGGGGUAGGCAAAACAACCCUUGCUAAGCUAGUUUUUGAGAAAAUUUCCCAUCAUUUUGAACUUAGUUCGUUUCUAUUUGAUGUGAGAGAGGUUUCUGCAAAACAUGGUACACUAGUUGCUCUACAAAAACAACUUCUUUUCCCAAUCUUGAAGGAAGAAAAUAUUAUCCGAGUUUGGGAUGAAGAGUCGGGAAUAAUUUUCACUAAGACAUAUUUAUGGAAUAAAAAGGUUCUUCUCAUCCUUGAUGAUGUGGAUAAAUUAAACCAGCUAGAAAAACUGGUUGGAGAGAAAACUUGGUUUGGUGUAGGGAGUAGAAUUAUCAUCACAACUAGAAAUGAACGUCUACUAGUUCAGCAUGAUAUAGCGAGACGACAUAAGGUCAAGGUAUUAAACAAUGGACAAGCUCUUAAGCUCUUUAGUCAACAUGCCUUUAAGAAAAAUCAGCCUGCGGAAGGUUUUCUAGAACUGUCUCAGCGUGUCCUACAUUGUGCCAAAGGCCUUCCAUUAGCUCUUAAAACUUUGGGGACUUUGUUGUAUAAGAGAGAUCAAGAUGCAUGGAAUAGUGUGUUGCAUAAUGUAGAGAAAAUUCCUAAUCCAACAGUUCUUGAUUCACUCAAAGUAAGUUAUGAUGGACUAGAAGAGAUGGAGAAGAAAAUUUUUCUCCAUGUUGCAUGUUUCCAUAAAGGGAAGGAUAAAGAGAAAAUAAUUGAAAUACUAGACAGUAUCUGGGACAUUUCCAGUCUUAUUGGGAUUGAUAUUCUUAUUGAGAAAUCUCUCUUAACCAUUAAAAAAAACAAUUUACGCAGUGACACUGUUGAGAUGCAUGAUUUGAUACAAGAAAUGGCAUGGGAAAUUAUUCGUCAAGAGUCUGUCAAUGAGCCUGGUAAAUGGAGUUGUUUGUGGCAUACCGACAACAUUUCUGAUGUAUUCAUGAACAACACGGGAACAUCCGCAAUUGAAGCCAUAGUCUUACGUUUGCCGAAAUCAGAAGUGGUACACUGGAAUUGUACUGAAGCCUUCUCUAAGAUGCACAAAUUGAGGCUUCUUGAAUUUGAUAACGUGAUCUUUUCUUCAGGCCCCAAAGAUCUUCCAAAUUCAUUAAGAAUUAUUUGUUGGAGCUGGUAUCCUUUCAAAUCCCUCCCACCAAUUCACCCACGCUUCGUUGUUAAACUACAGAUGCCUCAUAGCAAACUUGUCCGGCUUUGGGAUGGAGCAAAGGACUUCCCAAAGUUGAAAUAUAUUGAUCUUAGUUACUCUCAUGAAUUGGCCAGUACCCCAGAUUUCACACGCGUUCCUGUUCUUGAGGAAUUGAAUCUGAAAAGUUGUACGAAUUUAAUUGAGGUCCACGGGUCUAUUGCAGUUCUCAAAAGGUUGAAACGUUUGGACCUUAGUGACUGUAAAAAUAUCGAGAGUCUCCCAAGUGAAGUGGAAAUGGAUUCUCUUGAAUAUUUCAGUCUUCGUGGCUGCUCAAAAGUGAAAAAACUUCCGGAAUUUGAGGGACAUAUGAAAAGUUCGUUCAAGCUCAUUUUAAAUGGUACUGCUGUUGAGCAAAUACCUUCAUCAAUCGAAGGUUUGGUUGGCCUUGCUGUAGAGGGUAUAUACAAUCGCAGAAGUCUCUCGGGUCAAAUAGUCUAUAUGCAAAGAUCCUCAAAAGUUGUCAAACUGCCAGGGGAGAUGGAGUGUUUAGAGGAGCUUGAAUUAAGUGAAAGUGCUAUGAGAGAGCUGCUUCUUGUUAUGAUAAGUAACAAAUAUCUAUCCUUACAUCGAUCAUCAACUUCAAGGGAUCACAGUGCAUGGUUUAGAAUAAGAAAGAGUCACCCUGAUCCUGCACCUGACCCUUUGGGUUUGGUACUGUCUUCUAGAAAUGAUUUAUUCUCUUUGGCAAGUUUAGAUCUAAGUGAUUGUAAUAUUGGUGAAGGAGUCAUUCCCGAUUGUAUUAGCUGCUGCUUGUGUUUAGUACGUUUAAUACUUAGGGGAAACAAUUUCUUUAGCCUUCCUGCGAACAUUAGAUUCCUUUCUAAGCUUAGGUAUCUUGACUUGAGUUUGUGCAGAAGGCUUCAGCAAUUGCCAGAUCUUCCGUCAAGUGAAAGCUUACUCGUAAAUGUAGACGACUGUACUUCCUUAAGAAGGUUGUCAGAUCCAUCAAAUUUGAGGGGAGCUAAUGUGUAUGAUUUUGACUUUAGUUGUCAUAAUUGCUUCAGAUUGGUUGAAGAAGAAAGCUCGAUUAAUAGAAUAUUUGCAAUGAUGAUGAGAUUGGCUCCUAACUCUUGCCCUAAGGUAGUCUCUCUCGUUGAUUGA